CCAUCGGCGCGUCUGUCGCCGUGGAUUGAUUAAUUAUUUGCCUGUUUAUGGGGGAAAGGUCCACACUUCCCAGGAUCCGCAGAAUUCAAUCGUCCCUCGAGCAUCCUGACCCAAAGCAUGGAGCCCAACAUUAGCCGUCUGCAAGAUCAGGUGUUCUGUACACUGGAGGAAGAAAGUAGCCUUUACUUCACCUACAGCGGCAAACCCAACUUACUCCAAGUUCUGGACUUUAGUUACGAGGUUAAUACUGCAGCACAGAUCCCCUGGUAUGAAAAACUGGCAGAACUAAAAAUGCCAUGGGAAUGGAAUUCAAAUUCAGAUGGACAAGUAAUAGCAUUGAAGAAUUUGAAUCUUAAAGUCAGAAGUGGGCAAAUGUUGGCUAUUAUUGGGAGUUCUGGAUGUGGGAAGACAUCUUUACUUGACAUCAUUACCUGCAGAGAUGAAGGAGGGGGAAGCAAGUCAGGAAAAAUAUUGAUCAAUGGAAGUCCAGUGAACAAGCAACUGGUUAAAAAAUGUAUUGCGCAUGUGCGACAAGAUGACCGAUUGUUACCCAACCUCACUGUAAGAGAAACAUUGAACUUUAUUGCGAAGUUACGUCUUCCAAAGGACUUCACUGAAGAACAGAGAAAUAAAAGGGUAGAGGAUGUCAUAGCAGAACUCCGACUGAGACAAUGUGCAAAUACUAAAGUGGGGAAUUACUUAAUUCGAGGAGUCUCUGGAGGAGAGCGGCGUCGAGUGAGCAUUGGAGUUCAGCUUCUGUGGAAUCCUGGUAUUUUAAUAUUAGAUGAGCCUACAUCUGGACUUGAUAGUUUUACAGCACACAACUUGGUGAUGACUCUCUCAAGACUUGCCAGAGGAAAUCGACUGAUCCUAAUGUCAAUCCAUCAGCCACGGUCGGACAUAUUUCACUUAUUCGAUCUGGUAGUUCUCCUUUCUUCAGGAUUAACAACCUAUUGUGGAACAGCUAGGGAUAUGAUUCCCUACUUUACCUCCAUUGGAUAUCCCUGUCUAAGGUUUUGCAAUCCUUGUGAUUUUUAUGUUGAUCUAAUCAGCAUUGAUAGGCGUUCCAAGGAACAGGAGCAAAUCACACAGGAUAAAGCCAACAGAUUUGCUUCCAUAUUUUGGGAAAAAGUCAAAGACACAGAUGAUUACACUUGGAAAUCUGAUAGCUGUAACACCACUCCAGAUAAGAACAACACGAAAAGAGCUUCACUAACUUCAGACGAGAUUAUUAGUAUUAAAACAGAAUCUGUGGAUAACCUACCUGGACACUUCAGACAAUUUUGUAUCUUACUGAGUCGACAGGUUUCUAAUGACUUCAGAGAUUUGCCAACCCUUGCUGUGCAUGGACUUGAGGCGCUUCUGAUGUCUUUACUGAUUGGCUUUUUAUACUACAAUGAAGGCAGUAAGAAAUUAUCUAUCCAGGACACGGUGGCAUUGUUAUACAUGAUCGGAGCUUUGACACCAUUUGCAGUCGUUUUGGAUGUUACUGCUAAAUGUCAUUCAGAAAGAGCAAUGCUUUAUCACGAGUUGGAGGAUGGGAUGUAUUCCAUCACUUCUUACUUUUUUGCUAAGCUUUUGGGAGAACUGCCAGAACACUGUGCAUUUGUAAUAAUCUAUGGCGUGCCUUUCUACUGGAUAGCAGACCUCAGACCUGAGGCCAGCCUGUUCCUCUUGAGCUUUCUGUUGGUGUGGCUGCUGGUUUACUGCAGCAGAGUCAUGGCCUUGUGGGUGUCGGCACUACUCCCAACACUCCAGUUAUCUUCGUUAAUAGGGAACACCUUUUUUACAAUCUUCUACUUGACAGGAGGUUUUGUCAUUAGUCUAAAAAACAUGUGGACAGUUGCUUCUUGGUUCUCCAAGAUAUCCUUCCUUCGAUGGGGCUUUGAAGGUCUUAUCCAGGUUCAGUUCACUGGACAUUCUUAUUCUAUUGUGAUAGGAAAUCUUACCAUUCCAAUCAAAGGCACAGAUAUAAUUGAAUCUAUGGACAUGAAUUCAGAACCUCUGUAUGUGUGCUACAUCAUCCUAAUAGCCAUAUGUAUUGGAUUCCUGAUACUCUACUAUGUUUCAUUAAGGUUUAUCAAGCAGAAAUCAAACCAGGAUUGGUAAAAUGCAAUUAGCACAAUUCUGUCAAACACUCUGCACUCAAAGGAUGGUGAUUUCCUACCUCCAGAGAGAGAUCACUGGAGAGCUGAGGAUCGUGUAAAUUGGACACCUGUAGGUGCUGCAUUGCUUGUUUAUAUUGCAUGAAAUUAUGCCAGAACUAUUUGAUUAUCACCUGGACUGUUGCAGUCAUUAUGUUGAAUUGCCCUGCCCUGCCCUGAAUCCCAGUGACACUUCCUGUGUGUUUACUGUAUAUGGAUACAAAUUCAGGAACUCACCCUGUUAUAUAAUCAGCCAAUAUCUAAUUGGAGGUCUGAGGAUCAGAUGCGUGAAUGGCCGAUUUAGAUGUUUGCCUGCAGCAACAGAAAGUCGUCCCAGGCUGUCUCAUCUCUCAACUUCCUUUGCCUCCCACCGUUCACUGCCCAUCCAUGGUACUGACAGAACCAGCUGACAGCUUGCAGGACACUGGACUGUCCUGAUUGGCCACCAACCAGCAACUAGCUGUGAAGCUGGUGGAAAGGAAGAGAUGGGAAGUGACAAUGGGGGCAGGAAUAGUCUAAACUUGUGCAGCUUGAGAAAGCACCUCCUCUGUUCUGGCCCUGGAAGAAGAGUACCCUGAACUUGGCAUAAAAUCUGGAGCUGAUUCCUUGCGCAGGUCACUGCUAAAAGAACAACAAAACAUUAACGACCAUGUGUGAGUACAGAGCCUUCCUGCUUUCCUGGUGAACUGCAGUUAUUUUUCACUUGUCCCAGACCCUGAAUCAAAGUCUUUGGCAGUGGGAUCUGGGUGGUUCCAAACUGAACAAAUUAAAAUCAUACCUAAAGAAUGGCUGCUUAAACAGAGACCAUCCAUGCUUUCAAUAAUUAGACUUCUGGAAACCAAGGGGGAGGUGGAAAGAGAGCACAGAGUGAUCAAUCAGUGAUGCUUUAAUGUGUGCAGUAUACAUUAGAUGACAUUAGCAAAGAUUUGUAGAAACUGUGUAACUAUAUUGAUAUUUUAUACACAUUUACCAUUGGCAUAUGAAGAGCUCUUGUUAACACUCCUGUAAACCUAUUGGAUUAUAAAUAGCAUCCUGUCUUUUUACAUUUCCAAAAUAUGACCAUUUAACAGCAGGAUCAAGGAAAGAUGAAAUGUCUGUAAUGAUAUCAUUCACCUACAAUAUCUAUUACACUCAGCCGAUGUGAUUUCACUCAAUGAAGAACUGAUUUGCAUUAUGUAACACUGCUCUGAUUGCAGAGCUGGGUGAAUGCCCAAAACUAGUUUAAGACACUGCAGGCACAGUUCAUCACCCUAUUACACAGUUCAUCAUCGACUCUCACACUUCUAAGCUUAAUCCAUAAUAAAUACCAUACCCAAAGAGUCCUUACAUAGCUUUCUUCAUGACAUGGUUUAACUUUCAGUGACAGUCAAAAGCCUUCAGUCUGUAAGAGAAAUACUUUUUCUUGAAAAUGGCUUUAAAGUAACCAAGAGAUUUAUAGAUUACAUCCGGCAAAUCUAAACCUAAAUGGUGGGUUAUGCCACAUUGCUAUUUGUACCAAGAUUACAUACUCCCUCAUCGCUCUUCACUCAUCCCUUGUCAUCUUUGUGUCCCUUGCAAGCAGAAAGCUUGCAGGUAUUAAUAAUUUAUUUUGUUUACUCCCAGUACAAAAGCAAAAGUAGUUAAAACAACUUUUGUAUUUGGAGAAACAUUACUUUUUGCACAAUCAUUUAAAAAUUGUAUAUUUUGGAAAACAUAGAUAUUGGAGAUUUUCUAACAAUUAGGAAAUAUGUACAUUUGCAGCUUGACAAAAAUGUAAGAUAUUAAUUUCUUUAAGAUAAUAAAUAUCCACACAUGGAAAAUGUUUCUCAAUUUAUCUCCUUUCUUUCCUGAAGUAGUUGAUCCAU